AUGCAGCAUCCUUACAAUGUAUGGGGCACCCUUCCCAGCGGUUCAUCAUCUGAAAUCCCCCCUUCAAUUUACGGCGCACUUCCCUGGGAUGGUUCUUCCUCUAAUGCUCCAAGUCUAUAUGCCUUCUAUUUCACUACCCUCAACCCUUCCAUCAUUGACUGUACGGUGAUUGGACCCAACAAUGAGCCCCAGUUCUACGUUACAACCAACUCAACGAUGCCUGGGUAUACUGUUCUCAAGGCUGCUGAUGGACGGAGUUUGGGGUUGAUUGAAUGGAAAAACAGCAGCAGUCAGGUCGAGAUUCGCGGCGCUGUGCCCAAGCAAGCCACCAACGAUUUCCUCCGCUUGUCGCACGAUCAUAGAUACCGGAUUAUGCGUGUCGGAGGUAGAGACUAUAUCUUGACGUCAGACGAAGAUGGAAUUCGUAUGUACUUGGGUGGAGAUAUGUCCUCAAAGAUGUUGGCCAAAGUCACUCGGAACCCUUCCAGUUUCAAACUGGAAAUAAGUUCAGAUGCGGUCCAAGCAGGACUUCUGCAUUCCGCUGUAGUGGCCAUUGUUCUUCUGGAGAGCGGGUUGCGUAUCUGA